GACGUAGAUUUAGUGCCUCUGUCUCUCUCUCUAUUUUUUAUACUGUUUAUAUUGUUGAAUUUUAAAUAUUUAUAUUUAUUUAUUUAUUUUAAUCUAAGUCAGUGUUUAAAAAUUUUUCUCAUAGUGUUUCUAAUUUUAAUGAAUAGAAGAAAAAUAUCGAAUUUUUCAAGAUUAAAAAUUUUUUAUUAAAAAAAAUUUUCAUUUUCAGGUGUAGAAUAAAUAACGAAUGGGAAAUUCUAAUACGAGUAUUAAAAAGAAAAAUUAUUCACAACGACAAUAUGCAAGUCAGUUCAGUCUCAAUGACAUUUUGGGUAGACGAUGUAUUGGAACGCCAGAAUAUGAUUAUGAGCCAUAUCGACCUUGGUCUCGAAUUUCCAGAAGAAGCUGGAGCGAGGGAACGUUAAAUGAUCCGUUUAAUUUGUCAAAAACAGCAUGGCCAGUGCCGAGAUUUGAGGCAAUUUUUCUUCCUGAAUUUAUUGUUCGUGAAGAGCCAUUAAAAACAGAAUAUCAAUUUUUGGAUAUUAUUUCAAAAGGAGCCUAUGGACGUGUCUAUAAAGUAUUGAGGCACAAAACACGGGAAAUUUAUGCAUUAAAAGCAAUUAGUAAAGCAAAAAUUGUCGCCGAAAAUGCAGUUUCUCAAGCCAAACAAGAGGUGGCAAUUCAAAGGGCAGUUGGUCAUCAUCCUUUUAUUGUAAAGGCCUCUUAUCAUUGGCAGGGACGAAAAACAUUAUACAUACUAACAGAUUUCAUUGGUGGUGGCGAAUUAUUCUCGCUAGUUGAAGAAUUUGGUUGUUUGCCAGAAAAAGUCGUUCGAAUAUACGUUGCUGAAAUAGCCCUCGCAAUUGAUUUUUUGCACAAUGCGGGAAUAAUUCAUAGAGACAUAAAAGCAACAAAUGUACUUUUAAACGAUGAAGGUCAUGCAAUUCUCAUUGAUUUUGGUUUGUCGAAAUGGCUACGUCCAACUCAUCGCACGGGAACAUUUUGUGGAACAUUGGAAUACAUGGCUCCUGAAAUUUUGAAACGAGAAUAUUACGGACACGAAGUUGAUUGGUGGUCUCUUGGGGUCUUGACCUGUUUUCUUCUGCUGAAUGAGUAUCCAGUGACAAGAAUUGCAAAUGAUCCAAUUGAGGAAGGAAUUUUUACUUCGUGUGUUAGUUUACCAUCGAAUAUUGAAAAUAUUUCCACAGGAAGUAAAGAUCUUUUAAAACGACUGUUAAAUCCUAAUCCCAGAUUAAGAUUAAAGUCUAUUCUUGCUCUUCAAAGAAUAGCUUUUUUUAUGGGCUGUGACAUUCAAAAUUACACAUUAAAGCAAGUCUCGCCCUUUAGACUUUUAGGAAAAGAAAUUGGUCAAACAACAGAUGCGACAUUGAAGAAAAAUGAAUUUUACGAUUUUGAUUCCAUUAUUGCUGGUAGCACAAAUCGAACAUGGACAAGUUCCAGUCGAUGAAAAAAAAACAAAAAAGUACAAAAUAAUAUUCAACUUCAUCUGAAUCCGUCCAUAAAUAUAAAUAAAUUAAUUAUUAGUUAUCUAAAUUAAUUAAAAAUUAGAUAAUUAUUUAUUUAACUAAAUAGCAAUUAUUCCUUAAAUUGCUAAGAUAAUCCGUCUAGAUUUAUUUACGUUAAUAAUUAUUUUUCAUCUUUAUAGAAAAUAAUUUAUAAUUUUCUAACUCAGGGAAAAUGAUUAUAAAUAUAUAUUAAUUUGCCUGUUAAAAGAAUGCUUUCAAUAAAUGU